UAUUGUCGCCACCCUCCAAUUCAUGUGAUUCAGGUGUUCCAAUCCCCUCCAAUUCAUGUGAUUCAGGUGUUCCAAUCCCCUCCAAUUCAUGUGAUUCAGGUGUUCCAAUCCCCUCCAAUUCAUGUGAUUCAGGUGUUCCAAUCCCCUCCAAUUCAUGUGAUUCAGGUGUUCCAAUCCCCUCCAUAUCAUGUGAUUCAGGUGUUCCAAUCCCCUCCAAUUCAUGUGAUUCAGGUGUUCCAAUCCCCUCCAAUUCAUGUGAUUCAGGUGUUCCAAUCCCCUCCAUAUCAUGUGAUUCAGGUGUUCCAAUCCCCUCCAUAUCAUGUGAUUCAGGUGUUCCAAUCCCCUCCAUAUCAUGUGAUUCAGGUGUUCCAAUCCCCUCCCAAUCAUGUGAUUCAGGUGUUCCAAUCCCCUCCAAUUCAUGUGAUUCAGGUGCUCCAAUCCCCUCCCAAUCAUGUGAUUCAGGUGUUCCAAUCCCCUCCAUAUCAUGUGAUUCAGGUGUUCCAAUCCCCUCCCAAUCAUAGUCAAUAGCUAAAGACCUCCAAACUUGGUGUGGCCUUCAGAUGAGCCCAACAACAGUGCGUAGAGAGCUUCAUGGAAUGGGUUUCCAUGGC